AUGUAUGCCAUGUAUAUGAUGAUGCAAUAUUUAACCACUGUAUGGAAGCUGGGUUUCACACCUGCGGCAGCCAUUCUCAAUGUGUUUUGGGGAUUGGUUGGAACAUUGCCUUUAUUGCUGCAGUUCCUAGUUGACACUGUGAUGGGUAACUACAGGAUGCUCUUUAUCUCCAGCAUUUCUUACAGUGCAGGAUUCUGUUUUCUUACGAUGUCAACUCCACAAGUCCUAGGAAAGGCUACCGGGACUUGCAGUGAUGACGAGCCAGAAUGCAUUGGCUAUGCACAACAAGUACUCUUUUAUACCUCAUUGGCUUUUAUAGUGGUCGGGGUGUGUGGGCAUCUUAUCUGUUGGACUCCGUUCAUGGCUGAACAAGUGAAUAAAGAAGAAGUUAUUAAAGAGGAGAGACAUUCUUGCAAUUCUGUCAGCUAUUUAACAGUUAACAUCAUCACCACCGUUGCAGUCAUAGGACUCCCUAUUAUCCACCCGUGGAAGUUUCGGUUUGGGAUACCAGUCGUAUUUAGUCUGGUUGCGAAUCUCCUGUUUCUCACGGGUUCAUGUUCCUACAAAUAUGUUCGACCACAGGGAAGUCCAUUGACAACGUUUGUUAGAGUUCUUGUUGCCUCAACGUCCAAGUUCGGCUAUUCAGCUCCCAAAGAUGCCAAUGAAUUGUAUGAAAAUCGGAAUACUGAAAUCAAAUUAGUUCCCCAUACAAGAAGCCUAAGGUGCUUGGACAAGGCUGCAAUUAUAGUAUCGUCAACAACCAUAGAGGAACAACAAAAUGAUAGAUGGAAACUUUGCACAGUUACAGAAGUCGAGGAGACAAAAACUAUAAUUCGCACGAUUCCAGUGUGGUUGACUUUCAUCUUUUGCGGGAUUGUAUCUUCCAUUGGAUUCACUUACUUUAUUAGGCAAUUAAAUCAUCUGAGCCCCAAGGUCGGACGCUUAAGCGUCCCAUCCACACUUCUUUUAUGGUUCUAUAACCAAGCAAAAUCCAAAAGUAAUGAAUUGUACGUGAAAUUCACUAAUUCCUUAGAUGAAUCAGGAUCAAGAAAGUUCGCUCCAGCAAUUGGGGUCGGGUUGUCUAUGAUAUUUGCGAUACUAUGUUGCAUUAGUGCUGCAAUAGUGGAGAACAAAAGGCUCGAUGUUGUUCAAAAGCAUGGUUUAAUAGAUAAACCCAAUGCAACGAUCCCCAUGACUAUGUUUUGGCUACUCCCUCAGUUCCUUCUACUUGCUGCACUUGAUGGAAUUUUCUACAGUAGUGCAGUGUGUUUCUUCAAAGAUCAAUUUCCAACUUCCACAAAAAAGUACUUGCCCUCCUUCAUUAGUAGUGUAUUUGGUGUUGGGAUUUUGAGUAGUGUAUUUUCUGUGUACAUUGUGGGUAAAAUCAGCGAAAAGGGAGGAAAAAAUCCAAAUUGGUUCCAGCACGACCUAAACAAAAGUCGACUUGAUAAGUAUUACUGGACACUAGCGUGGUUGAGUGCCAUAAAUCUAGUAAUUUUUAUUGUGGUAGCAAUUUUCUAUCGCUACAACGAAUCAGAAUUGCAAAAACUUGAAACUCCUGAGUUUGCUGAAGCAGAGGAUCCCUCUGAAGAUGAUUCUAAUCGUUGUUGUUGCUAA